AUGGAGCUUGGAGGUGCCGUGCAAGAGAAAGGGGGAAAAGGCGAGGGACUCAAGCUACUGCCCACUCUGCCACCAUGUACAAGGAGGUGGCAGUUGCCAAGUAAUGCUGCAUCUGCUCUUUUUGAUCUAGCCCUCACAUAUGGGAAGAGCACUGCAACAUCUGGAAAGAUGGCGGUAGCAGCACCUUCACCAAUCCUUUCUCCUCAAUCAAGACCCAGUUCAAACACCAUCUCUUCCUGCCUUCCUGCUGCAUCUCAGGCAGUGCCCAUUGCUUUAUCUUCCUGGAAAGCAGGGCUGGAAGAAAAGCCCAAGGAAGGAGUCAAGAUUGAGAACAAUGAUCAUACUAAUUUUAAGAUGGCAGGGAUGGAUGGUUCUUUGGUGCACUUUAUGAUUAAGAGGCAUACAGCACUUAGCAAACUGAUGAAGCCUAUUACACCUGCACAGUUGGAAAUGAAAGAUGAAGAUGCAGUUGAUGUAUUCCAGCAGCAGAUAGGAGGUGUCUACUCAAAAGGGAAUCUGCUACUUUACUGUAGAACUUUGUUCCUCUGGAACAUAAAGACAUGUUCUCAAUUAGAAAACCCAAUUUGGUCCUACCACAUCCUGACUACUGCAGUAUAG